GGUGGUUUUUUGUUUUUUUUUUGCUCUCAGCCGCCAUUUUUAACGAGCCGGCCACAAGCGGGGGUGGGGGCGGCCGCGACGCCUCGGGAGCUGUGCGAAGGGUUCCCUCGGCCUGCUAUAACGGUCUCGCGGUGCCUUUGGCUGGGCGCAGCCGCCGCUUCUUGAGGGCGGCUGUCGGUAGGGCGAGCCCGAGCGGAGGAAAGAAAGACGAAGACGGCGAAGUGGGGUCCCCGGAGCGUGACAAAAGAAGCGUGCGCCUCCGCCAUUGAUGCCCCUCUGAGGACCGCCUUUCCGGUGCGCCUGCGCGCUGAGGUCGGUGCGGCGGAAGGUUCAAGACCGGUUGGAAGCGUCGUGUGUUUUGAAAGGCGAAGAGUUCGUUUCUCUUGACAGCAGCCUGAAGUAUCACAAGCCCAAGUUCAGCUCCUCGGAACAAAAUGGACUGGGCUGGGAAACAUAAUGGUCCAAAUGAUUCAUCUAGUGAUGGAACAGUACGAUUGCGUGGUCUGCCAUUUGGCUGCAGCAAGGAGGAGAUCGUUCAGUUCUUUCAAGGGUUGGAAAUCGUGCCAAAUGGGAUAACAUUGACGCUGGACUACCAGGGGAGAAGCACAGGGGAGGCCUUCGUGCAGUUUGCUUCAAAGGAGAUAGCAGAAAAAGCUCUGGGGAAACACAAGGAAAGAAUAGGGCACAGAUAUAUUGAGAUCUUCAAAAGUAGUAGGAGUGAAAUCCGAGGAUUCUAUGAUCCACCCCGAAGAAUGAUGGGACAGCGACCCGGACCAUAUGAUAGACCAAUGGGAGGAAGAGGGGGUUAUUAUGGAGCUGGGCGUGGAAGUAUGUAUGACAGAAUCCAUCGAGGAGGUGGUGGAUAUGACGGUGGAUAUGGUGGCUUUGAUGAGUAUGGUGGCUAUAACAAUUAUGCCUAUGGAAAUGAUGGCUAUGAUGACAGAAUGAGAGAUGGGAGAGGAAUGGGAGGCCAUGGCUAUGGCGGAGCAGGAGAUGCAAGUUCAGGUUUCCAUGGUGGUCAUUUUGUUCACAUGAGAGGUUUGCCUUUUCGAGCCACUGAAAAUGAUAUUGCUAAUUUUUUCUCACCACUGACUCCUAUAAGGGUUCAUAUUGACAUUGGAGCAGAUGGAAGAGCAACUGGAGAGGCUGAUGUAGAAUUUAUGACACAUGAAGAUGCAGUGGCUGCCAUGUCUAAAGAUAAAAACCAUAUGCAGCAUCGAUACAUCGAGCUAUUCCUCAAUUCAACUGCUGGAGGCGGUUCUGGAAUGGGUGGCUAUGGUAGAGAUGCCAUGGAGCAAGGUGGUUAUGGUUCCGUUGGAAGAAUGGGAAUGGGCAGCAGUUACACUGGAGGAUAUGGUACUCCUGAUGGAUUGGGUGGCUAUGGUCGUGGCAGCGGAAAUAGUGGUGGAUAUUACGGGCAAGGCAACAUGGGAGGAGGUGGCUGGCGUGGAAUGUAUUGAAGAGUGUCAUUGUGUCUCCAAAGCGUGUUGGAAGGAAACAGUACUUGGUCUACUAGGCUUUCUUACAAAACUUAAAUUUCUUUUGUAUUGAAAACUUUAUAAUGACUGAAGGAAUGUGUUUUCCCAUUCUUUGGUAAGCAUCAGAUUGUGAUGGGGAAAUCUGUUUUCUGUAGGUUUUAUUUGUUGCAUACUCUGACUUUAAAUAAAUUUUUUAUAUUCAAACCACUGAUGUUGAUAGUUUUUAUACUAGCUCCUCCUGAAGAUAGUUGCGUAUCCUAGCAUUUUGUUUAAGAAAUUUGAUUCAUUAAAAGCAGUUGUACUGGAAGAUUAUAUUAUUGAUUCUACAUCUAUGAAAUGAAAUAAACAUCAGCUUUAUGUUACAUUUGUUGAGAUUUGGAAUGAAAGCAAGUGUUAAUAAAUUGUUUUGUCAAUGAAAACUAAUUCAGUGAAAACUAAUGGAAGAAUGUCUGAAAAUAGUGCAGGACAUGAAGGCCAUGAGUUAAAAUUCUGGAAUGACCUAAGGCACAACUGCUACACACGCCAUCUGAGCAACGUGUAUAUCAGAAUUUUCAUAAUAUUUAAAAUAUAUUGAUAAACAUGGUCUGAAUCUUCAUUUUGUUUUCUUGGUAAUUAAAGUUUGAGAUAAGUUAUUAAUAGAUACUAUAUGAGAAAGAUUAUGGGAGAAAAGCAGAAAGCUAUGGACUAUGGUAACAUUGAUAGAGAACUGUUACAGUUCUUAAAAAUAAAACAAUUUACUUGAAGAUGCCAGUUCUAUUUGCUGAAGAUACCGAUGUAAGGAUUUUGUGGCCAAUCUGACAACCAACAACAUUUCCACUUAAAAGUCUGAUGGAUUGCAUAAGUAGUCCUCUUGCUUUGCAUUUUUAACAUGUAAGAUUGUUUGGAUAAAAUACUGGUUAGCCACAUAAGCAUUUUCUGUGUUUUGAAGAAAAGGUACUAAUAUUGAAGGAGAUUUUUUUUUUGUUUUAAUUGCUUUUCCUCCAGAUUCUUCUAAAUGAUUUGUCAAAUGUGAUGCAUUGAAAGUUUGUUGCCUGUUUUUGCUAGUAACAUUAUGUAUGUAAUAAAUGUCUUGUGGGAGAUAGCAAAAUAGAUUUCAUUCUAGGACGUGUUGUGUCAAUUUAUCUAAUUGAAGGGCAAACAAUGCAAAUCUUAAAUCUUUUCUACUUUGUACAAAAUUUUCUAUAGAGAAACACCUUUUUAGGUUUAUACUAAAAAUGGAAGUAAUUUAGAUCCAUAAGGAGGGCUCUUUUUUGGGUUGAGCAUAUUUGCAUCAAUACUGUAGAGCAGAGGUCUUCAAACUUGGCAGCUUUAAAACUUGUGGACUAUGAAUUAUGCUGGCUGGAGAAUUCUGGGAGUUCAAGUCCACAAGUCCUAAAGCUGCCAAGUUUGAAGACUGCUGUAAGUAUGAGAAUUUCAUGGGUCAUAGAAAAAUAGAAAAGAUUCAAAUUUAUAUUCAGUACUAUGAUUCCAAAGCUAAAAAUGUUGAUUUGUAAAUAAGUUUUUUUCUCAGUAAAGUUUGUACAGACAGCAGCCCUGUGUGUCGUAAGAGCCAUAUGUGAUUAUGAAGAUACACUUUCCUGUUAGCAAAUCUUAGGAUCCUAAACACUUUUACAGGAUAAAUGAAAUAGGAAAAACAAAGGUGAGAUCCAUGAUUUCAGUGUGCUUUACUCAAUGCACUAUGUCUUCCAAGAAGAGUACUAGGAGGUAGUUUAGUAAAAUUAAUUUUAAUAUUUUAAAAUUAAUAUUAAUUUCAGGGAGGCAGUAUAUUGAAAUACUGUAGUCUUUAUAUAGUAAACCAUCCUUACAGUAUUAACAUCAGUAGUUUUAUCAUAAAAACCAAAUUAUGCCUUUUUUCCUCUAUAGCAGGGCUGUCAAACUCACGUUGUCACGUGACAUAUCGGAACUUUUUCCCCCUUUGCUAAACUGGGCGUGGGCAGCUCGUGAUGCAUCCGGGCUGAGAGUUUGACAACCCUGCUCUAUAGUGUUGGAUCAAAAGGAGGGUUAAAACAGCUUUGCUUGAAUACAGUGAACAAAUGGGAGCCUUAAUAAGGAGCCUCCCUUAGUAAUAGGUUCUAGUGUUGAACACUCAGUGUUAGAAAAAAUCCUAACGUUCAAGUGGCAUCUGUCUCUGAACUACUAAAUUUAUACUCCAUGAGCCACUUGAAAAGCUCUCCUAAGCAUCUCCUAAGGCUUCCUCCCAGUCCCUAAUCAUCCCCAUUGUCCUGUCAUUCCAAUUGUUUUCUGCAAACUUUUUCAACUGUGCCCUAAAGUAGACACUGUUCAAGGCAUUUGUUACUACAAGGAAUGUACAGAGAGUAGUGUGUAUAACAGGAUCACAGUCAGAUUCAUAAUGAUGUGUCCAUCAAAGCAAGGACGUCAUUAUGUAAGCCUCUGAUAACCAAUAUAUUGAUUGAUGAGCUCAAAGGAGGCUAGCAUCAGUUUCAUACUUCAUUCUAAAUAAGAGUGCAUUCUAAGAUUAAUGAAAUUGAAUCAGGUUCCCACACAUUCAGAGUGUCUGUGUGUGGAAGACGGUUAUUUUCUACACCCAAGAUUUCAUAUCAUGUGGCAUUAGCAU